AUGGCUCCUUACACCAACAUUCCGCUCUCGCCUGCGGAGCUGUCCUAUCUUCACAAUUCGCUUGCUCAAGAUCCUCCCAUCAGACCGGAUGGCCGCGAGCCAACGCAAUUUCGCCCAUUGGUCGCAGAGACGGACAUUCUACCUUCUGCCAACGGUAGUGCACGGAUAUGUUUCGCYGAUGGCACUGAAGCGAUUGUGGGAGUAAAAGCGGAAGUCGAAAAGAGCCGGACUCGGAGAGGCGUCGCUGGAGAGGGCGCAGACGAGGGCAUCGAUGUCGACAUGGGAGAUACAAAUGCAGACGAUGGGAACAAUGCCAGCCAAGGACAGGGUGAACACUCGUGGCUAGAAAUUGCCAUUGAGAUCCCCGGCAUACGCGACGAUGAUGCAUUGCCAGUGUUUCUGUCAGCCAUGCUCACCGAGGCCCUCUUGGCGGACGGCGAGCUCAAGGAUCGCCUGUGGAUCAACAGUCGAUUCCACUGGCGUCUGUAUGUUGACAUUCUCCUCCUCUCUCAACCUCUCUCAUAUCCUCUGCCAUUACUCUCCUUGACCACUCAUCUGGCACUACUCGCAACCCGCAUGCCGGCGUUGAUCUCAGAGAAGGAUGAGGAUCCGCUGUUCAAUGACGAUUGGGAAGCGUCCACACAUCUGUUCCCACGGGACGCCAAGGGAGUGGCAACGACGAAGCCGCCCGUUACACUACUUGUCAUGACGGUGGGUUCAAACAUCAUAUUUGAUCCGAGCCAGGAGGAGCUUGCGGUUGCGGAUGCCGUGGUGGCGAUUUCGGCAGCGCAAGACAAGUCGGGCAGUUUGAGGAUGGUCGCACUCCGCACUGUCGACCCACCUUCUCGACUCACGGCGGCUGGCGUGCCAAACAACUCAACCUCAACCACUGGACUCUCUGCUGCAGAUGUGCUGGAGUUGAGAGAGAAGGACGCAGGAAUGACCGUGUGGCGCCCUCCACGCGGCGGCAUGGGAAGAACGCAGAUUUCACAGAUCAUCAAGGCUGUGGUAGCCACAGACGGCGUGGGUAGCGAGGUCAUGGAAGGACUUCAGAGCGUGGACGUCUGA